AUGCCUGCGCGGCCGCAGCAUUUGCUGCUCUGGGCGCUGUUGACGCCAAACGCUCUCGCCUCAGCUUUGGACCUUGGGAUGCGGAAACGAGCCGACGACCCCAUUCCGUCUCCCGUGUCCGUAUCGCCGAGUCAAUUCUUCGAGGGUGUAGAUGGUCCUUGGUCAACGUUUGAGUUGCGCGUGGGGACUCCAGCUCAGAAUAUUCGCAUACUGCCCGGCACUUCGUCAACACAGACGCUUGUGGUGCUGCCAGAGGGCUGCCAGAUUAUCAAUGUGACGGAUUGCGCCAACAGCAGAGGCAACUUGUUUAAUACGACUGCCUCCAAAACCUGGAAGGAAAUUGGCCUGUUUAGCCUAGGCUUUGAGAAUUCUCUCGGCUUCACCGACAAUGGCGAGUUCGGGCACGAUACCGUUGGACUUGGAUAUCUCGGCAGCGGUGGCCCAAUUGUCAACAGCUCGGUGAUCGCGGGUGUCGCCGGCACUGAGUUUUAUCUAGGAGUGCUUGCGCUGAAUCCGCGCCCUACCAACUUUACGGACCAGAAUGAUCCGCAGCAGAGCUUUCUGCAGCUCCUCAAGAAUGAAUCUGCCAUUCCAUCCUUGUCGUACAGCUACAACGUCGGGGCUCCCUACCGACUCAACAAGGCUCUGGGCAGCCUGAUCCUGGGCGGCUACGACACGUCUGCGUAUCAAGAUACCAAUUCGUCGUAUGACUUUUUCAGCGACCAGUCGCGCGAUCUGACGAUUGGCGUUCAGUCCAUCUCUACGAAUGCCAGCGCAGAUAAUACAGUGCUUCAGUCUGAGCAGAUUUCCAUGUUUAUCGACUCGUCCGUCGCCGAAAUCUACCUUCCCGUGGACGCCUGCCACGCUUUUGAGAAGGCUUUUGGCCUGAAGUACAACUCUACGCUUGAAAUGUACCUGGUGAGCGAUUCGCUGCACAGCAAACUCACAGCCUCAAACCCUUCAGUCACAUUUACGAUAACGACGGCCAUUACGGGCGGCUCAACCUUUAACAUUACUUUUCCCUACGCCAGCUUCGACCUACAGGCCAAGCCUCCACUAGUGAAGACGGCAUCUCGAUACUUUCCUCUAAAGCAGGCAGCCAACGACACCCAGUAUGUCUUGGGACGCACGUUUCUGCAAGAGGCGUACCUAAUCGUGGACUAUGAACGAGGCAACUUUUCACUUCAUCCCCGAGUGUGGAAUGCCAGUGCUGAGUCGAAUAUUGUAACAAUACUGCCCCCCGGGGUCAAAGAGAGCAAGCCCAAUACCGAGAGCAGCCACAAUCUCAGCGGCGGUGCCAUUGCGGGCAUUGUCAUUGGUGUUUGCAUCGUCAUUGCGGCUGUUGCCAUUGCCAUCUUGCGAUACAUGGUGGUUACUCGCCGCAAGAAGGCAAAGACGGAUGAGUCUACGGAGAUGGAUGCCCUAGCCAGGACAGUGCCAGAAACCACUUCGACCGUCUCGCCUGAGCCGCCCAAGUCUGCGACUUUGAGCCCCGGAACCUUGCGGGAGCUGCAAGGCGACGAUUCGACGAAACCAACGCCGGAGAUUGAAGGCAGCACAGCAGCAAGGAGGAGCCCGAUGAGCGAAUUGGAGUCGUCAGGCACUCCUAUGGCGGAGCUGGCCAGUCCGGUGCCAAUUUCGGAACUGUUGUCGAACGAGAUUUUCGAGAUGCCUGGAAGCGAAGUUCCGGAGCUGCAAGGAAGUCGAGUGGCGCCCGUCUUGGUACUUACAGAUUCCGAGUCAAGCGAGUUUAGUUUUGAGGUUGAGCAGGGGGUGGUGGGAGUCAUUCAGCAAACGGAAGAGGACAGACAGCACAAUACAGGAGAAGACUACAGGGCGCAGGAGGGAGAGCAUGAAGGUGCCGCAACGAGCACUCAGGAUACCCAGGAAGCCACUGGGAACAAGGGACAGACUGACGAGAGUGGAAAUGACAGGCAUACCGAAGGGGAGAGUGGACGAGAAGAGGACCCUAAGAAGUAA